ACAAUAAUCUAGAUUCCACAAAUAAAAAUUAAAUUAAUUUGUUGAAAGAGGGGGAAAAAAUAAGAAAACUAUGAAAUAUGCACACAAUGGCCUGCACUUUCCCAUCGAUUCGUUUCUUCACUCCCUCCAGUUCGUACCUCUCUUCCAGAGUUAGGGUUACACUAGCACAUUUUCACGCAGCUUCUGUCUCGUACCGGGCGAGUGGACUCACCUCUAGCUCAAUGAGUCAACCCGCCGAUUCCGACACUCUUUCGACUCCGAUUGAAGCACCGUCGAAGCCGGAAAACGCCGAUGUUUUGGUCCAGUACGUGGUGCUCCGGCGAGACCUGAUCGACACUUGGCCGCUGGGUAGCGUUGUUACUCAAGGCUGCCACGCUUCUGUUUCCGCCAUUUGGUCUAGCAAAGACGAUCCUCUCACCGUCGAUUAUUGCAGCCCUGAUAAAAUUGAUUCUAUGCACAAAGUCACACUUGAAGUGAAGGGAGAGCCCCAAAUAAAAAACUUGUCUGAGAAGCUUACAUCUGGUGGGAUCAUUCACAAACUGUGGAUUGAACAACCUGAAAACUUCCCUACAUGCCUCGCCACAAAACCUUACCCCAAGUCAGUUGUAUCUCCGUAUUUCAAGAAGUUGAAACUCUGCAAGUGAGCUUUUCCCCUUCAUUUGUUUUUGGUAGAAAAUACACUGAUUUUUUAAAUUCCUUUUUAAUUAUGUUAACAGAUGUCAUGCCUUUAGUAUGUUUUGUUUCUACUAAUCUAUAUUUCUGAUAAAGAAAGGAACAAAACAUGUGAACAGAUGUCUGACACUUUAUAAACUGCUACUGAUUUAAAGUAAAUAAUUAUCAGUAUAACUAUG